AUGGUAAACACGGAACCAUCAACAACAAAUUUUCAGUGCCUAACUCAUACCUGGUAUUUGGCUGCAGAUAUGCAAAUGUACAUCUUUGCUCCUCUAUUUCUGAUUCCCUUACUCUUCUCUCCUGUAACGGGCUACUGCUUAGGAGUUUUUCUAAUCAUUCUUUUUGCUGGAAUCAACUAUGCUGUAUAUGCAAAAUAUGAUUUGCCUGCAAAUUAUAUAGGAUUUUUUGACGAGAUUUACAAUCGAGAAAAACUGACAUAUUACGAUAACCUCGUUUAUUAUGCAGUGUGGAAUCGAUGUACUCCUUAUCUGAUUGGAAUAUACACUGGCUAUUUUCUGUCAAAAACUAAAAGCAAAAAGUUGCAUCUAAACUGGGUGUAUAUCGUUUUGCUAUGGACUGGAAGUUUUCUGGCCGCAUGUGGUUGCGUCUACGGCUUGUAUGACUACAUUCAAGGACCAUCACACAAAAUUUCUAGCUUUGCAAGUGCAAGCUAUAGCUACUGGUCACGUAUUGGUUGGGCACUAGCAAUAGCUUGGGUAGUCAUAGCUUGCGAAAAGAACUGGGCUGGUCCAAUUAAAAAUUUUUUGGAGCAAGGACUUUGGCUCCCGUUUGACAGGCUGACUUACUGCAUGUAUCUGACUCACGCAAUAUCAAUACCACUAGUUUACGCUCUGGAUGGCAGACCGAUCCUGUUCGUAAGCAGUCAACAUGCUUAUAUCCGUGAAGCAAUUCCAGUCUUCGUGGUUACAUUAACAAUGGCAUUUCUGUGGUGCGUGUUCAUUGAAAUGCCGUUUGCGAAGUUAGAGGUUACACUUGUUGGUCUGCUUAUGCAAAAGAGGCUUCAGGGGAUGUCAACGUUAAAACAGAAGGAUAAGCAUUUGGAUAAUAAAGAAGAGCACAACUUAGAAAGUCAGCAACAUUUUGAACCGCAGAAGAUUUGUUGUAAGACUGUGGACGUUAAUAAUAGGGAAGAAAACAACUACAGAUUUUAG